GUCAAGCCCCUAGCAGCUUCGGCUAUGAUUGAUAAGGGGGAGCUUGAUUGGAAAAUAGUUGCAAUAUCGUUGGACGAUCCGAGAGCUUCGCUCGUGAACGAUGUUGCCGAUGUUGAGAAACAUUUUCCGGGAACUCUCACUUCAAUUCGGGAUUGGUUUAGAGAUUACAAGAUUCCAGAUGGAAAGCCUGCUAAUAAAUUUGGUCUUGGCAACAAGGCGGCCAGCAAGAAUGUGAAAGUUCAUAUACAGUUGCUGUAUGUGAUGAUUUUGCGAACGCAACUCUGCCCUCCAAUCAUGUGCAAGGUAUGUGCUACCCUCCAAAAAUCUGGAUGGUCUUGACUGACAUACAUGAAUGCUAAAUGCACCAUUUAAGAAACAGUGGAUAGCAUAUUUACAACUAUGCUAUUUUGAAGGAUUGCAAAAGUCACAUCCUUUUGUUUUUUUGAAUGCAAUAGUUGUGAUUUUUUACAUUCACUUGAUUGAAUCUGAAAUGGUUUUUUAUGUUUUAAUUUUAUUAUGAUUUUUAUUUGUUCUUGCAUUAAUGAAUGGAAUGUUGCCUUUCAGAUUCUUUUCAUUGAAUCCGGAUUUUUUUAAAAAUAAAUUUGUUGAAUUUAUUUAUUUUGGGUUAAAUGA